AUGAUUCAUCUCUAUGUUGGCGUGGAGCCUCCCAAGGACCGUACGUUUGUGCGUUUGCAGCGGCGCCACAUCAACGUGCCGCUCUACAGCAUCCUGUCCACCAUCACCAUACUGGGCAUGCUCAUGGCGGGGGCCUUCCUGUUCUUCAACAUCAAGAACCGCAACCACAGACUAAUCAAGAUGUCCAGUCCCUACAUGAACAACCUGAUCAUCCUCGGAGGAAUGCUCUCCUACGCCUCCAUCUUCCUGUUUGGCCUGGAUGGAGGUUUCGUCUCUGACAAAGAGUUUGAGACCCUCUGCACUGUGCGCACAUGGAUCCUCAUCGUCGGAUACACGACAGCUUUUGGCGCCAUGUUUGCCAAGACGUGGAGGGUGCACGCCAUUUUCAAGAAUGUGAAGAUGAAGAAGAAGAUCAUAAAGGACCAGAAGUUGUUGAUCAUCGUUGGCGGGAUGCUGCUCAUCGACUUAUGCAUCCUCAUUUGCUGGCAGAUUGUGGACCCGCUUAAGAGGACUGUGGAGGAAUACAGCUUGGAGUGUAUGCAGUCAGGUCCUCGUGGAGUAUUCUCAGACUCUAAGCCCCCGGCCAGGGGAGAGUUGUGA